GAGCCAAAAUUAUGGCCGGCAAAAAGAGGCCAGGCGAAAUGGACGCUCUGGACGGAGAAGCAUUAGAUGGUGUUUCUGCUGCACUACCCAAAAUACAUUCUGCUGGCAGGGGUAAAAAGACCGGACAGCACGUUGGCAUUAUGGGAGGACGCAAACUCGGCAAGAACUUAGAGCUGAACGAGCAUAUCGAGGAAUACGACCGAGAGAUGGGAGGCAACGGAUUCAUUGGAAUAGCAGUCGGAACCAGCGAGGAAAGUGAGGAAGAUGAGGACGAAGAAGGGGAGGACCCUAAGAGGAGGAUAGGGACGGAUGCAGGGACUGGAGUAGAGCAUGGAAAGGUGAAAAGGAUGGCUAGAGGACUUGACGAGUCUGCCAAGAGAGCGAGCAGCUCCCGCAAGUUCUUCAUGAAGAGAACUGGAGAAUCCGAAACCGCGAGGAACCCGUCCACGGAGGAAAAGGUAGAGGCGGCGAACGCUGAAAUAGCGAAACUCAAGCACUCCAACCAACAGAUGAGGGACGAGUUGGAGAGACUCAAGUCGGAACUAACUGGGGUAAAGAGGGCGUACGAGGCCAGAAAUAGGGAGCAGAAUGAACAGGAUAAUAUAGCGAGGACAUACAAAAGGCUCAAUAUCCCUACUGAGCCAGAGGCAUACCUGGACUGGCUUAAAAAUAGUCCUGCAAACCGCGCACCCGCAAAUCAGGGCAAUGGUGGAUGGAGUAGCGGUAGAUUAUCAACUAGGUCCGAAGAAAAGCACCGCACCACCACUACGCGCGAGGCGCGCCUACGAGGAGAAUGCCCCUACCCCUGCUCUUAUAUACAGUCAGGCGGUAGCGGGGCCCGGAAAAAAGAAGGGAAAGAGUCCGGGACAAGGAAAGGACAACCUUUCUCCUGGGCCAGCACUGCAACCCAGGAGAGAACAAGAACAAGAAGAAGGAUGGGAGGAAAGCCGGAUGGGGACCAAACUCUUAAUGGUCACGGGACCGGACAGCCCCACAAAGGCGGAUGCCUCGCGAAACGGCUCAGCGAGGUGGUGGCAGAGUACGUAGAGGUCAGCAGGCCGGAAAGGGUAGCCGACCUGCGGAUUGCCGGGCUCGAUGAGUCCGUUACGACUGAGGAGCUGAUGCAGGCGGUGGCGGAAAAGGGGGGCUACCGAACCUGCAAGGUAGAGGUAGGGGAGAUACUCUCCGGACCGGGAGGCAGCGGGUUCGCCAAGGUGAGGUGCCCCGUAGAGGCUGCGAAAAAGGUGGCGGAGGGCGACAGGCUAAAGGUGGGCUGGAGCCUUGCUCGGGUGACGGCUCUGGGCCCCCCGCCUUCGCACUGCUUUAGGUGCAUGGGCAGAGGCCACGUCGCCAACAGGUGCCCGUCAAGGGAGGACCGCAGUGGCCUGUGUUUCAGUAGAAUAUCUGGGAACAUGACAUUAGAUUUAUCAAAAGAAUUGAAUACAUCGAAAGAUGCUCAGCUUGGUGAAGAUGGCCAAUACCACUUCGAGUUUAGCAUGACAUUUGAAGAGCUUGAUAGUCUGAUCACUACUGUAUCAUAUCCCAAACGUAAAGGUCAUUGUGAUUGCGGAAGCUUAUUGCAUGGCAGAUUCCGAGUUGCUAACAACGAAGCCGUUUUUACUUGUGACGCUACACGUGGUACUGGACAGUGCAGCAAUACGGAAAAUUUCGAUAAUGUUGAGAAUGAUGAGAAAUACAAAGAUCUCAAUAGUAUCAAUGAGGAUGAUGAAGACAAUAAUGAUACGGAGUGGUCAGAGCUCGGAAAAAAAUUAUACGAAAAUGUAGUUAGUACUUUGGAUGAUAAUGGUCUCGAAGAAAAUGCUCUUCAUAAUAAAGAAUUGACCAAAAAGCUAUUGCGAGAUAUUAAGAAAAUCCCAUUAUGGUCGUGUAUUAGUUACAACAAAUUUCAAACAGGACGGAUACCACCUUCCAGCGCUCCCGUUGAAAGUGAAAUUGCCCGCCUCAAACGAGGUAUCUUCAAAAUAAAGAAAGGAUUGAGGGUCGACGCUGCUGUAGAAGAGCACAUAAAAUAUCUAUUAGGAAGAACGAGCGUGGUUGAUGCCAAUAUUGAAGAACAGCUGGCCACAAAAAAUGAAACUUAUAAAGAUGAAGUUUCUGAUAAUGCGCGUGAUGAAGAUCAAACUUAUGAUGCCUGUCCCGCUUGUAAAGAUGAUUCAUUGACUGGCCCUGGGUUCCGAGGUUUUACAGUUAUUAUGCCUUACGGCGCUCCACUGAUAUCUUCGAUCGAGAGUGAUGUAUUCAACCCUGUCACUUGCUCAGACUGUCAAACUAGCAGUUUUUAUUAA